AGUGGCAGGCAGUAUUAUUUCAGGGGUUUGAGCCAAAACUUUCUCUCUCUCUCUCUCAUUAAAUUACAACUAAUGCAAGUAGUAUUGUGAAGGAGGAAUUUGGGAACUGUUGUUCAUCAUCCAAUCGCUUGUAACGAAUGUGCUGCUCAGUGCCAUAGCCCAUAGCCUAGCUGAGAAGUAAUUCACUUGGUAUUUGCAGGCAUGACAUGCAUGCCAUAAGAAUUCCACUGUUAGCAUUAUUCCAGCAUUAGCGUGGGGAUAUGAAAAUAAAUGAUGAGCUAUUGUUUUUCAUUAUGAAGUCCAGGCUUUUUGCUCAUCCGUCUUUUUCCCUUCCUCCCUCUGUGGAAGGAGCAGUCUCUCCGUUCCUUUCACUUUCGGAGCAGGCUGGUUGUGCCCUCACUCAUCCCAGCUCCCCUGGCCCCCUUCCAGACCAGCACCCUUCCGCUGCUCCCUCCGCCUGUCUCCUCCUGGGUUUGGAGAUCAGCCUCAGUGGUCCUUUACAUUGCUGUAGGAUAUCACUGCAGGUCAGAGCGGACCUCAUCAUUCUGUUAUGGGUCUACAAAGCUGCUUUGCCAUCACCAUCCCUCAAGGGGACCGAGCCCUGCUCUUCGUGGUUGCAGGGGCAGGCUCAGAGUUUGGUGGCAGGUCAGCAGUUUGGUACUUUGAGGUCAUCUGCAAGCCUUAAGUGACUCUUCUACUAUUAAAAAAAAAAAAAGAAAAAAAAAAAAAAAAGAGGGAAAGCUCUUGAGGCAGCUGUCAGUCUGGAUGGUCUGGAUGUGCAGGACCAGAGCCAAGCAGUCUCUGCUGGGGUCUGCAGGCAUUUUAAACCAGUGCUUAAAAGAAGUCCACAAGGGAAACAAGAGGGAUCUGUGACCUGUGGUUGUGAGGGACAUCCCUGUCCAUUCCAGAGGGCUUUCCUGUGUUUCCUGCAGAGCUUUAUAAAUGUGAAGGAGUUAAGCAUUACGGGGGAAUGAGGUAGUUAAGCAUUAUUUAUCCCUACUUUCUACCGGGGGCAACCAAAGAAGAAAGCGUAGCAGUUUCAGAGAUGACCCCCUGUUUCUGGGAUCAUCGGUUCAUGGGGCUGGUUUAAGCUGGCGCUCAAAAACACCCACCCGUGCAAAAUGAAAGAGCGCUUUGGGAAGCCAGGCUUAAAUAUUCCCGUGAAAUCCCUGGACUGAGUCAGUACCAGCGCCAUACAGGAUUCCUGAGCUCUUAAUCUCGUUCUUAAUCAACUAACCUAGGCAGUCUUUCAUGUCAUUGAGUUGCUGCUCACUCCAGUGGCCGCAGCCCGUGGUGGCUGUUCAGCAGAAGGCCUGGCUGAGCUGAAGGCAGAUGGCUUGUGCUGAUCCUACUACUAUUAACUCCACCACUCCUCUGCACAGCAAGCUGCUCCCUUUGAACAUCAGCAGACCUGUUUUUUAAAAGCCCUGCAGCCCAGCCUUGUGUGACAGAAUAGCUCAUUUUGUCAGGGAAAAAGAUACCUUGGCAAACUUUUGAGUGUAAGCUGUCAAGGAUAACCUCGAGACGCUGGAAGAAGGAGCCAUCGGCUUUGAGGAGAGAGCAUCAGCCAGCUGCAGGUGUCACAUUCCCACCUGAGAGGGGACGCGUGAAAGCUGUUGCUUUUUCCCCCCAUUUUCUUUAUUCGCCCUCUCGGAGGAGCAGCGUACGCACCGGCGUGUUCUGUGACAUUGCUUUGCGCGUCAUCGCUGUUAUGAAAUCCAAAGCUGCUGGAUUGCUGUACUCGUCCCGCCCCGCGCUGUGCUGCCAGCGUACCUCGGGGACUGGUGUAGCCCUGACCCGUGGGUCUCCUAAAACGUCUCGGGCCACGUAACUCCUUCUCUCUGCCACCCACGUGCAGUGCACGGCCUCCAGCACCGACGGCGUGUGCGGCUCUCACCGGUUCACAGCAGGGCAGCUGCAGUGUCCCACGUCUCGGAAGCAGGGAGGCUCUGUCUCUUUGCCUGAGCUCCUCCACGCAGCCCCCUCUCAGCCCUGACUGUGACUGCCAAGGUCCCUUCCACUGGGAAGCGAUACCUGCACUCAGUUCUUCUCGGAUUUUGCAAUAUGCAUAAGGGGGGGGGGUGGUGGUGGUGACACUGGCUGUGAAGCCAUUAACUCAUACUUACUUGUGAUCUAAGAAAGCGAUUUCAGUUCAGACCUCAAAGGGCAAGCUGCUGUGUGAUUUAAAAUUGUGCUACCAGCAGAAGCAUGUGACCUCCUGGUAUGAAAAAGCAGGAGGAGAUUAGCAAAGAAGUAAGCUUCUAAGGUACACAAAUGUCCACGGGGGGGGGGGGAAAAAAAAAAAAAAAAAAUCUUAUUAGAAGAGUCAGUUUGUCUGUGUAAGAGAAGGCUGGGGAAAUGACUAAUUUGCUGGUUCUGUGAUACGUGCAAUUUGAUUCAGUUGUUCCUCCUUUGAUUCAGGCCCCCUCCUUCGCUUUCCAUACCCCCUACCUCGCCUUGGCUUUUUCUGCCUUUUAAGAGAGAGCGGGCGAGGGAGGGUGGAAGGGCUCAGGGAGGAAGGAGUUAAGGGAAUGCUCAGUGGGGAUUAUAAAACAGCCAGGCACUUGGAAACAGUUAAGAAGAGAGAAACAGAUCUGCCAGGAGGGAGUGUGGCACUGGAGCCGGUGGUUUAUUUUCAUGCCUCCCUCCACGGCGAUGCAGAAGGCUCUCCUGCAAUGGGGAUGGAGGUAUGGCCUCGCAUGUGCAAGUUUUCUCUCCUCACACCCUUCAGUCAAGUGCCUUCUGUAGCGUGAAGAAACUGAAAGUGGAGCCGAGUUCAAACUGGGAUAUGACUGGGUACGGCACACACAGCAAAGUCUACAGCCAGAGCAAGAACGUGCAGUCCUCCCAAGCAGCCGCCGCAGCAGCCGUCAACGCCUCCCUCCAGAUCCCCAACCCAAGCAUCCCUUACGAACAGACCAUCAUCUUCCCAGCCAGCACGGGGCACAUCGUGGUGACAUCCGCCAACAGCACUUCUGGUGUGGUCGCAGUGUCUGGGCAAACACUGGGCGGGCCACACAACCUGAUGCGUCGCAGCACUGUGAGCCUUCUGGACACCUACCAAAAAUGUGGACUUAAGCGCAAGAGUGAGGAGAUCGAGAACACAAGCAGCGUGCAGAUCAUCGAAGAGCAUCCGCCAAUGAUUCAGAACAAUGCCAGUGGGGCCACUGUAGCCACUGCCACCACCUCCACGGCCACCUCCAAAAACAGCGGCUCCAACAGCGAAGGGGAUUACCAGCUGGUGCAACAUGAGGUGCUCUGUUCCAUGACCAACACGUAUGAAGUGUUAGAGUUUCUUGGCCGUGGGACCUUCGGACAAGUAGUUAAAUGCUGGAAACGUGGCACUAAUGAGAUUGUGGCCAUCAAGAUCCUAAAGAACCACCCUUCCUAUGCUCGGCAAGGCCAGAUUGAAGUGAGCAUCCUGGCUCGUCUGAGCACAGAAAGUGCAGAUGACUACAACUUUGUCCGUGCAUACGAGUGCUUCCAGCACAAGAAUCACACAUGCUUGGUCUUUGAAAUGUUGGAGCAGAAUCUCUAUGAUUUCCUAAAACAAAACAAAUUCAGUCCCUUGCCCCUUAAGUACAUUCGACCAAUUCUCCAGCAGGUAGCGACUGCCCUAAUGAAGCUGAAGAGCCUGGGACUGAUUCAUGCUGAUCUCAAACCAGAGAACAUCAUGUUGGUAGACCCAUCCCGACAGCCAUAUAGGGUCAAGGUCAUAGACUUUGGUUCAGCUAGCCAUGUGUCUAAAGCUGUGUGUUCUACCUACCUUCAAUCCAGAUAUUACAGAGCCCCCGAAAUCAUCCUCGGUUUACCGUUUUGUGAAGCAAUCGAUAUGUGGUCGUUGGGAUGUGUCAUUGCAGAGCUGUUCUUGGGCUGGCCGUUGUACCCGGGAGCUUCGGAGUACGAUCAGAUUCGCUAUAUUUCACAGACACAGGGCUUACCAGCAGAGUAUUUGUUAAGUGCAGGGACAAAGACUACGAGGUUUUUCAACAGGGAUACAGACUCACCGUAUCCUUUGUGGAGACUGAAGACGCCAGAUGAUCAUGAGGCAGAGACGGGGAUUAAGUCGAAGGAAGCGAGAAAGUAUAUUUUCAACUGUUUGGAUGACAUGGCACAGGUGAACAUGACAACAGAUUUGGAAGGAAGCGAUAUGUUGGUGGAAAAGGCGGACCGGCGGGAGUUUAUAGAUCUGUUAAAGAAGAUGCUGACGAUAGAUGCAGAUAAGAGAAUAACACCCAUUGAAACUCUGAACCACCCUUUUGUCACCAUGACCCACUUGCUGGAUUUCCCUCACAGCACACACGUCAAGUCCUGCUUCCAGAACAUGGAGAUCUGCAAGCGGCGGGUGAAUAUGUAUGACACAGUGAACCAGAGCAAGACACCAUUCAUCACCCAUGUAGCCCCAAGUACAUCGACCAACUUGACCAUGACUUUUAACAACCAGCUGAACACAGUCCACAACCAGACCACCAACCUGGCUCCCACCUCCUCCAGUGCCACUAUUUCCUUAGCCAACCCCGAGGUCUCCAUACUAAAUUACCAAUCUGCACUCUACCAGCCCUCAGCGGCGUCCAUGGCUGCGGUGGCCCAGCGGAGCAUGCCCCUGCAGACAGGAACAGCGCAGAUCUGCGCCCGGCCCGACCCCUUCCAGCAAGCUCUCAUCGUCUGCCCCCCAGGCUUCCAAGGGUUACAAGCCUCCCCUUCGAAGCACGCUGGCUACUCAGUUCGGAUGGAGAACGCCGUUCCCAUUGUCACUCAGGCUCCUGGGGCCCAGCCUCUGCAGAUCCAGCCAGGACUCCUCACACAGCAAGCGUGGCCCAGUGGCACCCAGCAGAUCCUGCUCCCUCCGGCCUGGCAGCAGCUGACCGGGGUGGCCACCCACACUUCUGUCCAGCACGCCACCGUCAUCCCGGAGUCCAUGGCGGGCACCCAACCACUGGCAGACUGGAGAAACACCCACGCCCACGGCAGCCAUUACAACCCCAUCAUGCAGCAGCCCGCGCUGUUGGCCAGCCACGUGGCUCUCCCCGCCACCCAGCCCGUCAACGUGGGGGUGGCUCACGUCAUGCGCCAGCCGCCCGCCGCCUCCGCCAGGAAGAGUAAGCAGCACCAGUCGGCACCCCGAAACGCGUCCACCUACGAAGUUUCAUCCUCUCAAUCCAUCAGCUCGCCCCAGCGGUCGAAACGAGUGAAGGAGAACACGCCUCCCCGCUGUGCCAUGGUGCACAACAGCCCUGCCUGCAGCACCGCCGUCACCUGCGGCUGGGGCGACGUGGCCACCAGCACCACGCGGGAGCGGCAGCGGCAGACGAUAAUCAUUCCCGACACCCCCAGCCCCGCAGUGAGUGUCAUCACUAUCAGCAGCGACACCGAUGAAGAGGAGGAGCAGAAGCACGCGCCCACCAGCACCUUGUCCAAGCAAAGGAAGAACGUCAUCAGCUGUGUCACCGUGCAUGACUCCCCCUACUCCGAUUCCUCCAGCAACAACAGCCCUUACGCCGUGCAGCAUCGCGCAGGGCAGAAUAACGGGAACACCUACGACACCAAAGGGGUUCCAGAGACUCACUGCAGUGGGAACCCCCGAACGAUCAUCGUGCCACCACUGAAAACCCAGGCCAGUGAGGUGUUGGUAGAGUGUGAUAGCCUGGCACCAGUCACCACCAGUCACCACUCAUCCUCCUACAAGUCCAAGUCCUCCAGCACCGUGACCUCCACCAGCGGUCACUCUUCAGGGAGCUCGUCUGGAGCCGUUGCCUAUAGGCAGCAGCGACCAGGAGCACAUUUCCAGCAGCAGCAGCCUCUUAAUCUAAGUCAGGCCCAGCAGCACAUCUCGACCGAUCGCGCAGGGAGUCACCGGAGACAGCAAGCCUACAUCACCCCAACGAUAGCUCAGGCCCCGUACUCUUUCCCGCACAACAGUCCCAGCCACGGGACGGUUCAUCCUCACUUGGCCGCGGCUGCCGCCGCUCACCUGCCCGCCCAGCCCCACCUCUACACAUACACCGCCCCGGCCGCGCUGGGCUCCACGGGCACCGUCGCGCACCUGGUGGCCUCCCAAGGGUCGGCGCGGCACGCCGUGCAGCACCCCACCUACCCCGCCAGCAUCGUCCACCAGGUCCCCGUCAGCAUGGGCCCGCGGGUUCUGCCCUCGCCCACCAUCCACCCGAGCCAGUACCAGGCUCAGUUUGCCCAUCAGACCUAUAUCAGUGCUUCUCCAGCCUCCACAGUCUACACUGGAUACCCACUGAGCCCCACCAAGGUCAACCAGUACCCUUACAUCUAAACACUGGAACACGGAGCGAGAGGCGCACCCGUCCCGGGGGAGCGAGGCGGCCGCUUUUGUACCGAAGGACGCGACAGACCGACAAUGCAACGGGAGGCUCUUGUGAAACUUGAACGAAGGAGACUUUGCGGAAGAAGCGGAAUGGAGCGAAGAAGGGGGAGAACCGAUUCUACACUUUUUAUUUAAAAAAAAAAAAAAAAAAAAAAAAAAAAAAAAAAAGAAAACGGGGAAAAAAAAAAAGAACAGAAAAAAAUAAAACAAACCACAAAAAACCCAACCAUUCUGCACCAAACUAGAGAGAGAGAAGCAGAAGGACCCUCCAGUGGGUCCUGUCUUUCGGAGAACUUCACCAACAGACUUUUAAAGGUUCUUUUCAUCCAAUAGUGAGCUACAUUUAGAAAAUUUGUUGUCCAGAACACCUAAAAUGAAAUCCAUUAGGUUUUUAAUCCAAUAGGUGUAUGGAUUAGGGAUUUAUCCAGCAUUUCAAAGGGUUUAUACCCCAUCUUUGCAGUGGUCUUCAUAUCCCAAAGCAUACGUGAGGUUUUGGGUUGGUUGUUUUUUUUUUUUUUUUUUUUUCUGGAAAUAGGAAGUGGGUAAGGGAGGCUGAGGGAGGAGGAGAAAAUGUCCCAGUGCUCUAAAUUCGGAUCUAGCACCGCUACACUUAAGCACGCCUGGGCAAAACAGGCCCUGCAGCACUGGUCGAGAGCAGAAGCAAUGGGGAUGUUUCUCCCUUUCCUUGAACACACUGGAUAAAUCCCUGAGAAAUGCUAUUCCUAAACGAGAUCUCUAAUAAUGUAUGUUGGAUUUCAGUUGCGUUUCAUUUGAUUUUAUUUCCUUUUCAAUCCCUAGCCGUUUUAGUAUAGGAGAAGACAUUUUAGCUGCCCCCCACCCCCACCCCCUGGUAGAAUGUAGCACUAUACAGGUCAUGCGCCCUUUUUACUAUUUUGUGUUGAACUUCAACGAUACCAAUAGACUAUUCCUCAAUGUGAUUGCACAAAGAAAAGUGAUAUAACAUAGGCAUGUAACAAAUGUGAUUGUCCAGGUAUGUUCGUGUGUGUGCGUGUGCGCGCGUGUGGGCGUGUGCGUGCAGAUGCUGCCUUCUCUCUGUGGUGUGUUCCUCGGCACAGCCAUUACAACUGUCACAGUCUUAGUUUUACAUCAUUCCCUCGUAGUGCCUUACCGAACUACAGACGCGGUUUAAGGGUUUACUUCCACUGGUACUCCUAGAAACUGACUGAGGCUAGUCGGAAUU